AAAGAACUGCUGGCCACUGAGUCCUUCACUUUGCUGGUAGCACUCCUUGAGUGGGGUGCACCACUAAAUAUAAGAGGAAGAGCUUGCCUUUUCAUGAACACAAAUGGAAGUGACCAGAUACCAAUUCUCCAGGACAACAAACUCCUCUGAGGAAAGGGUUCUAGCUCAUUUCAGUAAUGUGUUGCUAGUGCUGGAUGAGAUGCCGAACUUUCCAGAGGAGCUCCAAGGAGAAAAGAAAGGCAUGCUGUAUUUGACACAGUACAAAAUAAUAUUCCAGCACAAGGACAAGGGCUCCACAACUGUCCGUUUUCCACUUCAGCUUCUGGGGGACUGUGCGCUAGGGGAAGAGGCAAGCUCCAAGCAGCAAUAUGUCACAGGAACUAUUACUUCCAACCAAGGUGUUCUCACCUUCAAAUUCAUCUUUCUGUAUGGAGCCAGCGAUUGCCUGAACAUGAUCAAAAACUUAUCCUCAGCAGAUAUGUUAAGAGAAACCAGUAAUCUCCAGGAGUAUCCAACUGCCUCAAUCUACACCUAUGCCUACCCAUCAGCACCUCGAGCUCCCCGUUUAUUCAAUCCACUUCCACGCUGGCCACCUCCAUACCCUGGGCCACCGGAUUUACCACCCCCAUACUCUGAAGUGGAGUUGACAAGCUCUAGAGAGAGCCAGGAGGGUUGUUGCCGCUGCAGGACCCAGAGAACCCAUGAGCAGACAGACAGGCAGGACUGAGGAACCAACACAGAAAUGUACAGACACACAAACUUAGCAUCUCCUGCUUUCUUUCUUCCAUUUACCCCUCAUCCCCCAACAACAGGCCACUGAAAAUAGCAUCCCAGUCUCAAAGCCGGAUUUGUCCCCUGACAAGCUGCUCUGUCCCCAUGCCUUCCAGAAUGCCUCCCACCUCACUGCAACCUCAGAUUUGCCUCUGCCUCAUCUUUGCAACUGUUUUGUUUAAUCCCCAAACCAUAUCCCAAGAACUUGGCCAGCUACUAAGGCAUCUGAUCUCAAUUACACCUUUGCCCCUACACCCUUGCACAUAUGCAGACUUCAGAACUGGACUGUAUUUAUUUAAUUUGAUUGGAAAACACAUCUUGUCCCUAUGAACAAGCUUGGUACCAGCACCAGCCUCCAGUACAAUGCUAUAGUUGGUCUGGAACGUAAAGAGGACAGACAUUUUAUGGUGAUCACUGCUGCUUAAAAGAUAUAGCAGUCAGUAUUCCCAGUUUUGAUAUUCGUUCUUGAUGUUACUGGGCAAAUCAUGCCCUGUCUCCGUCUCAUUAAUUACUGACUUACUUUAGGGGUUUAAUGGCUGCUCACACUAGUAUUUAAAUAUACUUGCACAUAUAAGUCAGGCAAAAUUUGUAGCUGGCUUCAUGGACUUUCUAACACUUCUGCCUUUUUGAGAAUGAGCACUCCACUUACAGCAGGCUUUUGGGGGUUCCUUUUAUUGAACUGUUUUCAUUUACUUUUUUAAUGGGUUUUAAAUUGAAUGUUUGACUGGGGGGUGAAGGGCGGGGGCAGCACUGUAUUAUUCUAAAGGUAGCAGAAAGGUUUAGCAGCAUUUCCUAAAGAUGGUCAGGUCUAAUCUCUGGAAGUUUGUUCCCUAGCUGGGUCUUUGCCUCCACUUCUCACAAACUUCCUUAGGCACUUUUUGAUCUGCAAAGAAGCACAGCUGUUGUGUUGGCUCUCAGAGCAAAAUCUGACCUUUAAUUAACCAUGGCUCGAUCCUUUAAAACUUGUGAUGAGAUCUUAAACUGGCAUCAAAGGCUGCCUGGGAGCCAAAUGAAGUACAUGCUUCAUUGGGUAAGACAUGCUUGUGAUGAGCUAGUUUACAGAGAAGGCACUGCGCCAUUCCCCCACUUUUGCCAGCUGUAAAGCUUGAUAAGGUGACCCCAGAGCUUUGAGCACCUCAGAAGAAAAGCAGUAUUUGUGUGUCCCUGUUUGCCUGCAGGGACUCUGUGUGGUAACUCAGGCCCCCCAGGCAGCUCUGCUGAUGUAGGUCAGAGUCCCUGACUGUGUGUCUGACUUAAACUAUCAACCUGAACACACAGGCAGCCUAACAAAUCUCACUCAGACCAAGUGACUGGUGUUUCAGCAGCACUGCACCCGGGAUCUGGCUGUUGCAGGAUGGGCCACGACUGUUUAACUGUGACUAUAU